AACCAAGUCGAUGAAAGUCAAUGUCGAAAGUGUGCGCAACUUGCUUCUUGCUCUUCGCCAGUCAAACCCUGGCGUCCGCGUCGUGUACUCUAGUUCUCAGGCAGUCUACGGCCAGCCGCUACCCAAAGUCAUCACCGAUACCACAAUGCCUACCCCCGAGGGUACUUACGGCGCCCACAAGUUCGCUUCAGAAGUCGUCAUCAACGACAUGAACCGUAAGGGCUACAUCGACGCCUUCAGUGUCCGCUUCCCCACCGUCAUCGUUCGACCUGGUGCUCCCAGUAACGCAGCUCCUUCAUUCUUGUCGGGCAUGUUCCGUGAGCCCAUGAAGGGCGAAGAAUGCGUCAUCCCGCUCAAGGAUCGCUCAUAUCGCACGUAUGUCUGCUCGCCCAGCAGCACAAUCGAGAAUCUCGUCCGCGUUCUAAACCUGCCUGGCGAUGCACUUCCGCCGCAUCAGAGACAUAUCAUGUUCCCUGGUGUAUCAACCACUAUUCAGGAGAUGAUGGAUGCUUUGGCCAAGUUCGGCGGCGAGGACAAGCUCAAGCUGUUGAGGGAGGAGACAAAUCCUGGAUUUGAGAGAAUCCUUCGAAGCUGGCCCGAGGACUUUGACCCAAGCACACCUGACAGACUUGGUCUGCUGCGAGACAACAAGGUCGAGGACUUGGUCAAGGAAUAUAUCGACAAGUAUUGUUAAGCGCAGGGCAUUAGACAGCAGGAUAUAGCAUAAUUACCAAUGACGAGUGUUUGCCUUUCAUUUACCACAUCUCUUC